AUGCCUCUUGAUAUUGAUUUAAAUUUAUGCUUAUCAUAUGAAGAAGAAGAAAUAACUAAUGUUGAGUUGAACGUAAAUCCCUCAUAUGUUGACUUGAAUGUGUAUCCUUCAUAUGAGGAAGAAUUUAAUGUUAAUUUAAAUAUGAAUCAUUCAUAUGAAGUAGCAGAAGAAGAAUAUAGAGAUGAUUUGAUGAAUGUUGGUCUCUCAUAUGAAGAAGUUUUUCAUGAAAAUGAGGCUGAAACUCAUUCUUCUACCAGUCACAUAGUCAACCAUGAUGAUAUCUCUCUAAAUGAGGCAACAGGAAAUGUUGUUAAUGAAACACAACCAUUGAAAAGGAAACGUUCUUUUUUGGACAACACGCAGAGGAAAAUUAUUUCUGAAAUAUUGAUAAACUCAAGCUGUGAAGGAAAACUUAAUCGUGGAAUUGUUAAAAAAGUUGCUUCCUCUUAUUCAGUCUCUACAGAUGUUAUUUAUCGGAUUUGGAGACAGAUUAAUGAAACGGGUGAUGCAUGCCACAAGAAAACAAAAAAUUGUGGUCGUAAAAGAGUUGAGAUAGACUUUGAAAAAAUUCGUGAUAUUUCGUUACCUAAGCGUAGCACUUUUCGAUCUUUAGCAAAAGCUUUAGGUAUUAGAAGCAAGUCAAUAUUGGAAAAAUAUGUGAGUGAAGGGGUAUUGCGUAAACAUUCAAGCACGUUGAAGCCACAUAUGAAGGAUGAUAAUAUGAAACAACGUCUUAGAUUCUGCUUGAGUAUGCUUGAGGAAACUAGCAUUCCUCAUGAUCCAAUUUUUAAAUCCAUGUAUAACAUUGUGCACAUAGAUGAAAAGUGGUUUUAUAUGUCAAAAAAUUCAACAAAUUAUUACCUUCUUGCAAAUGAGGAUGAUCCAUAUAGGACUUGCAGAAACAAAAAUUAUAUUCAGAAGGUCAUGUUUUUAGUAGCGGUAGCUAGACCCAAAUUUGAUGAUGAAGAUAAUGUGACGUUCACUGGAAAAAUUGGUGUAUUUCCCCUAGUCGAUAAAGUGCCGGCAAGAAGGUCAAGUGUCAAUCGAUCAGCAGGAACACUUGAAACAAAACCAAUUACUUCUAUCACUAAAGAUGUCAGUCGAAUGUUUUUAAUAAACAAGAUCUUACCAGCCAUCAAAGAAAAAUGGCCACGAGAGCAUGCAUAUGAGACAAUUUUUAUUCAGCAAGAUAAUGCACCGUGUCAUGUUUCUUUAGAUGAUGAAGAAUUUCGUGUAGCAGCUUCUGAAGGAGGUUUUGACAUUCGUUUGACUUGUCAACCGCCUAAUUCUCCCGAUUUAAAUGUUUUGGAUUUAGGUUUCUUUAGUGCCAUACAAUCAUUGCAACAGAAAGAAGUGGUUAAUUCCGUUGAUGAGCUUAUUCAAGUCGUAGAAAAUGCUUAUGAGUCUUUUGAUAUCAAAAGUUCAAACAAGAUUUUUCUUACACUUCAAUCGUGUAUGGUUGAAAUUAUGAAGAAGAAAGGAUCCAAUGAUUAUAAAAUUCCUCAUAUGAAAAAAGAUGUAUUGCAUACUCAAGGAAGGCUACCCACUCAACUCAAAUGUGAUAGAGAAUUAGUUCAAAAAACUUAUGAAUAUUUAUAUAAUGUUGGCUAA